AUGGCAUAUGCUGCUGUGUUGAAGGAGGAGUUUAUCAAUGAAUUACCCAAUGAAAAAGAAAAUGAUGACGGCAAUAAUGAUGAUGAUGUCAGAUCAAUCUUUGAUGCUUGUGAUGGAGGGAGCAAGACGAAAAUGGUUGGAUUAUCUGAUCAGUUUAGUGAAACCAAAGAUCGGUUGCUCGUGGGGAAAGACAGGGUAUUUUCACUGUGCGGGCUGGCAGGGAUUGGCAAAACGGCACUAGCUGCAAAAAUUUACAAUGAUCCAGCAAUCGUGAAGGAUUUUGGUUUUCGAGCUUGGGUGAACGUGGGAAGUGACUAUCAGCUCGAUGAAAUCGUGAAACAAAUUCGAGCGCAAGUGAAUUUCGAUAGAGAUUAUUGGAUGCAUCGCUUCGUGUUGGAUAAUGUGUUCUCCCGGGAACUUUCUUGUACUGCUCUACUCAAAAAGGCCGGGAAGAAGAUUGCUGAGAAUUGUGAUGGUCUUCCUCUUACAAUCGUUACGAUUGCUGCCCUCUUAUCAAAAACCGAUAUAAGUCUAGAGCUUUGGGAAAAUGUUACAGCGGGAGAAAAUUCAGUUUUCACGAAUGCGUAUGAUCAAAUUUCCAAGUAUUUCGAAAUCCCCUGCGCCAAGCUUAUCAAACUAUGGAGUGCCGAGGGAUUACUCGAGCCUAUCAAGCUCGGGACAUUGAACGAGUUUGCCUGGAAAUAUUUGAAGGCCCUCCUCUCAACAAGUCUUGUUUUGGUGUACCUUGCCGUCACUUAUAACGGGAACCUACCUCAUUCCAUAUCCAAACUAUGGAACCUUCAAUUCUUGAUUGUCCACACUAAUCUGAAUAUCAGACCCUUUAGAGUGCGUUCGUUUUUGCCAAAUGAGAUAUGGGACAUGAAAGAACUGAAGCAUAUUCAAGUCACGGGAAGCGAUCUACCGGAUCCUUGUGGCAUGUUUUUACCAAACACUUUUAGACGCUGUACAGAAAAUGUUCUGAAAGGGCUCCCUAUAGGAAUCUGA